AUUCACGAUGCCUCCAAAAAAGGCUUCCCCUCGAGAUCGAAACUCCAAAAAAAGCCCCCCCUUGGGGCCGGAAAGGUGGUGGAACAGAUAAAAAGGAAAUCACCAUGUCUCCCACGCGAAACUUUCUCAUUCCCGUAACAACUCUUGCAACCAAGCAAGACAAUUUCCAAUUCGAUCCCGAGCGUUUCGGCCGACCGCUUUGCGAAGUCCCCUUAUUCCAGACCGCGACGAUCCCGUCCACGCUCGCUAAGGAUCGAAAGGCUUUCAAGCCAAAGUUUAGGGUCAUGCCAUGCCAAUAUGCGCGGGGCCUUGAAACCGCAGAGCCAGAGCUUUUAGAGCAGCCGCGGAAGAUCAGCUCCAAGCGGAAAUACAAGAGUCCUGAGGGUUGGCGGAGUAAGCAUAAGCAUCACUCCACCGCGCGCCGAUCACCGUCGCGGCAGGCUACUAUUUCAUGUCCCUGCGCGAUGGAACACAAAGCACCCAAGGCGCCGGAUCACAUAAGGUCUUGCGAGUUCUGUCACGUAACCGAGACGCCCAAAUGGAGGUCUGGGCCAACGGGACGUCGUACUCUCUGCAACGUUUGUGGAUUGUUGUACGCUAAGAGGGAGGAAAAGGCCCGGUCGUUUCUAUUGGAGAGGGAGUUUGGAUGCGACUCUGUUUCUGACGCAUCGUCGUGGUCAACAAAGGUCUCAACGGAGGGUUCUUAUUCAUUGGGACUGCGAUGACCAUUCAAACCUCAUCACCUCUUAUACCAUGCCAAGCGGCCCCCAAGAAUACCUCACUGCCCCUCACUCUUGGCAAGCGGAUUUGAAAGGCGUGGCAUUCAUGGGCAGAAGAGGAAACAUUCACAAUUUUUUAUUGCAGCGUUCGAGCGUCAUAAUCAUGAAAGAAACAGAUGGCGCAUCAGAGAUCAGGUAACUAGGCAACAUAUCUUAGGAGUAUUCGGAGCAAAUAAGUUUAAAGAAAAUACCAGACCUAAUUCAACAAUAUCUUCUGUCAAUAGCAGACGAGGAGCGUUAUCACGAAGAUGAUUGCAUCCAAUCGCGAACUGUUUAUCAGCUGAUUAGCGAAAGGUCCCUCCCAACAGCAACCGUGAUGUCAAAAUCGCAUCAGAAAACAUAA